CGGCUCGGCGGCGCAUGGCGUCGGGUACACAAACCCAACUUGACCCUACCCAAUUUUAAAGCGCACAAAAAGCGCACGAAGGGGAGGGAGAAAAGGAGAGCAGCGCAGCGGCGCGGGCGGUCUCUCUUCCUCCCCGUCUUCGCUUUAGCGAUGGCCAACGAUUCCCUCGCCCACCACCUGCCGCGCCCCCUCGCCGCCGGCUGCUGCUCCGACGUUGACGAGUACGACGAGGAGGAGCCCGCCAACGUCGCCUUCCCCUCCUUCUGGCCGCCCUUCCCCGCGCUCUCGUCGGACUCCAACUCCGACGCCGCCAGCUUCGUGCGCCCGCGCGUGGACCGGCCCCGGGGCCGGGAGACCGCCGCCUCGUCGUUCUUCGGGCUCGGCUUCCACGACGGGGACGACGACGAGUGGGCGCCGCCGGACGAGGAGGACGGGGAGGUCGAGCUGCCGCUCUGUUGGGAUUGCCUGCAGCUAGAGGACCACGACGGCCACCCGCGGUGGGACGUGGGCGUCAGCGACGCCGAUGAGUGGGAGCAGGUGGCCGCCAGGGAGGAGGAUACAGCCGCAGCGUCCGCGGUGAGGAGCCUGGAGUGGGAGGUGCUGCUGGCCGCCAACAGCCUGGGGAGCCUCGUGGUGGACGACGCCGGCGACGACGACGACCUAGACGCGGGCAUCGAGACGUACUUCCUUGACGACGCCGACGACCUGUUGUUCGGGCAGCUCGCCGCCGCGGACGCGGACCACGGCCCGCAGGGCAAGUGCGGGCGGCCCGCGACGAAGGCCGCCGUGGAGGCCCUCCCGACGGUGGUGGUCGCGGAGGCCGACGCACAGUGCGCGGUGUGCAAGGACGGCGUCGAGGCCGGGGAGCGCGCCCGGAGGCUGCCGUGCGCGCACCUCUACCACGACGCCUGCAUCCUGCCGUGGCUCGCCAUCCGCAACACGUGCCCGCUCUGCCGCCACGAGCUGCCCACCGACGACCCCGAGUACGAGAAGUGGAAGGCGAGGCGCGCCGCCUCUCCCGGCGGUGGCGGCGAGGCGGACCCCCGUGCGGCGGCGACAGAGGAACAAACAGAGGAGAACAAUCACUGCUCCUUUCUGUUUGGAGUUUACUCGCCUCACAAUUCAGCACACAGCAUUGUUUGCACAAUUGCAGAGUCGAACUUGUCUUUAAAAUAUGUGGGCAAUAGGAAUCUUCCUUUUGCAAGUAAUUCUAGUUUGUUCAUAAAACGAUUGUAUGAUGAAGCAGUGUUGAAGAUUACUGAAUGGGUCACGUGAAUGUGAGGAGUUAGAAAGAUACGUGUGAAAGAGAAAGGCUAGAAAUGUAUGCUUGUCGAAUCUGUUUGUCAAUUUACAAAAGGAACGAUCACGAUAGUAGCAUAGGCGCAUAGCUUACUUGAAUGAGAUCAGACCAUAUUUCUGCUGUGCUGUUAUUGGAA